AUGCUGCCGAUCACACAAGAAAGCGUAAGUCUGUUGGACGAGAAACGAGACGUCAGCUCGUCGUCGAGCAAGGCCAAGACGAGAUCCAGAUGGACUGCCGUCCUCGCAAUGGUUCUCGGGGCCAGUGCUUUGACCUUCCUGUCGCUCGACAAUACAGCGUCCAACACCGUCAAUGAUAGUCUUUGGAAGCUCACACACUCCUUCCAAGCAGACCCCUCCUCAAUCUUGGCGGCGCUCUGCCCUCAACAGGAUCCCUACAGCCUCAAGGAUGGCCUAGCUGACCUCGACCGCGACUUGCUGGCUACAAGACUUAGCAAGGCUGUUAGGAUCGACACGAGCGUUGGCGACGAAUGGCCUGACCCGAACGACAUUCCUCAACGAUGGGAGGCUUUCCCAAAGUUUGCAGAUUGGCUCGAGACUGAGUUUCCACGUGUUCAUGAAAGGUUGGAGCUGGAGAAGGUCCAUCAGCAUGGUUUGCUGUACACCUGGCGGGGAAGCGAUGAAUUCCUCAAGCCGCUGCUCAUGAUGGCUCACCAGGAUGUCGUCCCAGUCAAUCAGGGAACUCUGGACCAGUGGCGGUAUCCGCCCUUCGACGGUUUCAUCGAUGAAAAGACUGAGACCGUCUGGGGCCGCGGCUCGACCGACUGCAAGGCUUGGCUAGUCAGCCUGCUCUCUUCCGUUGAAGGCUUGCUUGCUAAGAACUGGCAGCCAAAGCGCACCAUCCUCUUCAGCUUUGGCUUCGACGAAGAGUCCGGUGGAAAGCAGGGCGCAGGCUGGCUCGCCAAGCGUAUCGAAGAGAUCUGGGGUCGAGACAGCAUUGCCAUGAUCGUUGACGAGGGCAACCCUGUGUUGGCCGCUUCAGACAAAAUGGGGCCUGGCAUUGAUGUCGCCAUGCCCGGUAUCGCCGAGAAGGGCUCUGUAGAUCUUGCUGUUACCGUCGAGUCGGCUGGUGGCCACUCCUCUCAGGCCGGAGCGCACACCUCGAUCGGUCUGCUUGCACGAGUCGUUGCUCAGCUUGAAGACAAGCGCGAUCAACUUGACGAGAGCAAGAUCGGCGGGCCUCAGCUUCAGUUCUUGCAAUGCAUCAGAGAUGGUCCUCGCAUUCCUGGUGCUCUCCGUUCUGCCCUCAAAGAUCUUGAGUGGGCUUCCAAGUCCUCGUUCGAGCACCUCGGGCUCUACUCGACCAUGCAGUGCGUUCUUCCCAACUCAUUCACCUCGUUUGUCCUCCCGGCCCUCAACGCCUGGUCGGAACGAGGACGUCAACGACGCAUAAAGCAGGCCAAGCACCGCGUGGUGCACGCAAUGCCGGAGCAGUUGCAGACCCAGUUCAUCACCACUACUGCAGUAGACAUCAUCGAGGGAGGUGUCAAAUUCAACGCUCUUCCCGAGAGUGCCACGGCGUACGUCGACCACCGCAUCGCUAUCACCAGCAACUUCAAGGAACUCAAGGAGCACUACAUCGAUGUACUCACUUCGGUCGCCGAAAGGUACAACAUGGAGAUGGUGGCCUUUGGAGAGCACAUCCUCAACGCAAGUUCCCCCAUUGGAGUUUCAAAGCUCGUUAUCAAAGAAGCUCGCAGUGCCCUCGAGCCCGCUCCAUGGACUCCGCUCGAGGGAGAGAGGGCCAAACCCUGGCAACUCUUCUCUCAGCUCGUUCGUGCCGUAUGGGUCAAUGCUGACGGCGAGCCAGUCAAGGUCGCCCCGUCCAUUAUGCAAGGCAACACAGACACUCGUUACUACCACAACCUGACCCACAACAUCAUUCGGUUUGGUCCAUCCAGCAUUACCCCAGACAAGACUGGACUCGGCGCCUUGACCGGCGUGCACACCGUCAAUGAGCACUACCCGAUCCAGGGCCUCGCCGACAGCACCAACUUCUACACUGCCCUCUUCCGUGCUGCUAGUGUCGAGGAUCUCUAA